UACACACAUUCCACCAUUUCAUCGUUUCUCGAAACCCUAGCAGUAGCAGACUUGCUCUCUCAGACGCCGAUCAUCCAAAAUGCCGCCAAAAUUCGACCCAUCGCAAGUCGUCGACGUGUUCGUCCGCGUCACCGGCGGCGAAGUCGGAGCAGCAAGUUCACUCGCACCAAAAAUCGGACCACUCGGUCUCUCUCCAAAGAAAAUCGGAGAAGACAUCGCAAAAGAGACCGCGAAAGACUGGAAGGGGCUACGAGUGACAGUGAAACUAACGGUGCAGAACCGUCAGGCAAAGGUGACAGUGGUGCCAUCAGCAGCAGCUUUGGUGAUAAAGGCAUUGAAGGAGCCAGAGAGAGAUAGGAAAAAGACAAAGAAUAUUAAACACAGUGGAAACAUAUCGCUUGACGAUGUGAUUGAGAUUGCGAAGGUAAUGAAACCGCGAUCUAUGGCUAAGGAUUUGAGCGGGACGGUCAAGGAGAUUUUGGGAACUUGUGUUUCGGUCGGGUGUACUGUUGAUGGAAAGGAUCCCAAGGACUUGCAGCAGGAGAUUACUGAUGGUGACGUUGAGGUUCCUCUUGAUUGAUUUUUGUGUUUUUUUUGUCCGUUUAUUUUGGAGAAAGAGAGAAACGGUGCCUUUGUUUUAUCUUAAAGAUACAAUGCUGUUUUGGAUAAUUUUUAUGAAUGCUUUCGGUUGUUAUUUUAAUUAGAAUAUGAUCUGGAAAGAUUUUUAUUGGUUA